GCUCUUCGAGAGGGACCCCUUUACUCUACUCUCGACAUUAUUCACUCCUCGAAGAAUAUACCACGAAGAUGAAGGACUAUGUGGAAGCUGAGACAAGGGACAUCGGAGAGGAUGAGAAGAAGACAGAGGAAGAGAGAAGAGAGAAGAAAGUUGAAAGAGGAAAUUGGAGUGGAAAGUUGGAUUUUUUUCUAGCUCUUUGUGGUUCUUCUGUUGGACUUGGUAAUGUGUGGAGAUUCCCCUAUUUGUGCUACAAGCAUGGAGGGGGUGCUUUUUUGAUCCCCUACCUCCUGAGCGUGUUCUGUGCGGGAAUCCCCCUCUUGGUGAUUGAGGUAGGGUUGGGGCAGUUCACCGGGCAAGGACCAGUAACGGCAUGGGGUAUGAUCAGCCCCCUUUUCAAAGGUAUUGGAUGUGCCGGUCUUGUCAUCCAAGUCUUCCUCAAUACCUAUUAUGUCGUCAUAAUGGCUUGGGGUCUAUAUUACCUACUAUUCUCCUUCAACGCCGUACUUCCGUACUCCACGUGCUCAAACGAUUGGAACACGGUUUGCUGCUUCGAUGGGAUGGACAACGGGGCAGUGGUCGACGUCGGAACAAACUACAACAUGACCGGAUUCAAUGACACGACCGCGAUGAUGACAUCGGCUUAUAAUCUGAGUGAAGAAUGUCCCAAUGCCACCACGUCACCGACUGUUGAGUUUUGGAAUCGUAAAGUUCUCCAGAUCCAUCGCUCCGAAGGUAUCCAUGAUGUUGUUGGAGUCAGCUGGCAGCUUUUCCUCUGUCUCACGCUGGCCUGGCUCCUUAUCUAUCUCUGUAUAUGCAAGGGAGUCAAAUCAUCCGGGAAGGUAGUGUAUGUGACAGUUCCAUUCCCGUACGUGCUCCUGACGAUUCUUCUCAUUCGUGCUGUGACAUUACCAAAUGCUGUAGAUGGGAUCAUCUUCUAUCUUAAACCUGAUACAUCUAAGCUGAAAGACAGUCAGGUAUGGCUCGAUGCUGCUACUCAAAUCUUUUAUUCCAAUACCUUAGGACAAGGAUUCUUGGUUGCACUGGGAAGCUACAACAAGAGAAAUCACAAUUUUGUCAGGGAUACCCUACUCUAUUCCUUGACAAAUUGUGCAACCAGCUUGUACUCUGGAUUCGUUAUCUUCGCAGUACUUGGAUUUAUGGCGGGAAAGCAAGGAAAAGCAGUUGGCGAGGUCGCAAAGUCAGGUCCAGGUUUAGGGUUCAUUGUCUACCCAGAAGCCAUCACUGAGAUGCCUCUAUCUACUCUCUGGGCGAUUCUAUUUUUCUUAUGCCUACUCUUCCUCGGUAUAGACAGCGUAUUUGUGGUCGUUGAGGGCUUGGUGACGACGAUCGUAGAUAUCUUCCCUAAGACUCUGAUGAAAGGCAACAGAAGAGAGUUCUUCUGUGCAGGUUGCUGUCUAUUCUUCUGUAUGGCCGGAAUACCCAUGGUCACCUACGGUGGUAUGUUCAUAUUUCAACUGUUUGACUUCUACGCAUCGAGUGGGUUUGUUCUUCUGUGGAUAGCUCUCUGUGAGAGCCUCGUCAUAGGAUGGGUAUAUGGUGGCAAACGGUACAUGCAAGAUAUCAUCAACAUGAUAGGUAGAGGGUGGAUCAAACCCUACAUGAUUGCUGCCUGGAUGUUAAUAACACCUCUGUUUUCUGGGACCAUCUUCGUGUUUAGUAUAGUCUACUACAAGCCGCUAACCUACGAAAAUGAUUAUGUAUACCCCUGGUGGGGGUACAUGAUGGGGUGGACCAUGGCCCUCUCGUCCAUGGUAACCAUACCCAUCCUAUUCAUCUACCAGUUCGUCUUCAAGAGCAAGGGAUCACUCCUGGAGCGAUGGAUCGACGGGACAACAUCACGAGUACCAGAAAGUCAAGAAAAUGGACCGAUGGACAAGAAAGACCAAUCCUAUCAUGAAGUAGAAUUACGAUGAUUCGCUCAUGACCUCACAGACAACAACAUUGGAUGAUAUAUUAUUAUUUCUCCAAGAAAUAAAAUAAUUGCUCAAGCCAAAACAUACUGAACUGAAUUAGAAGGAAUGUUAGCUCAUAGUUUAUGGUUAUGAUUAUUAUUAUUAUCAUUAGUAUUAAUACUAUCAUUGUUGUUAUUACUUUUAUUACUAUUAUUCUUAUGAUCAGUUUGAAUUACGUGUAUAACAUUGAUGUGAGCUGCGCUUAAUAUAUAGAUCUAAACAAGCAUCAAUCUAUUAACUUUAGGAAUUAAGCACGACAUGUAAAAACUGUAUGUAUACAUAAUCAUGUCUUUGAUACAGGACCAAGAUGAAAAAAGUGUCCUGAUCUUCUUGUCCUGUUUUGAUAUAUUUGACAAAAAUAAAAUGAAAUUAAAUGUACAGGUAGAUAUAAAUAUCAAGUGAGAUUCAAGAU